UAAUAUUAAAAUAUUUACUGAAGACAGUUGUAAUCUUGAAAUAAGGAAAAAUAUUCCAAUAUUGGCCAAAUUUUACAACUAUUUGUUAUUGAAUACGAAUUUUCCCUCACAGCAGCUUCUUAGAAAGGAUGUAAGACUCGACUACGUGGUCGGUACAUGUCCCACUCUUUCAGUUUAUCUCUUCAUACAGAUAAUAUGGCACUUGAAGUGCGAAGACUUAUUAGUUGAAUCGCUUGUGCACAUACCAUUGGAUCUGUGUGUGCAAAUUUUAGAAACAACGUUUAAACACAUAAACGAAUUACAAUUUCCACGAGCCAGACGCCUUGUUUUUCUUCUGAUCUGCAAGGUGUACUAUAAAUGUUUAUGGCUGCACUUAGGUACACUAUCAGAACAAAAUGUGAUGGAAUGCGUUCAUCAAUUAAUAACAUAUUUUGAAAAAUUGUUAGACUUCCUUGUCAAUCCUAUGUUUGAUACUUCUCAUACAUCAUGCAGCAAUGAAAAGUAUUUGCAACAUGGUAUAUUAGUGAAAAACAUGCUUCACUAUAUUAGGAAGUGCAUGCAUAGCAAAAUUGAAAAUUAUUGGAAAAAUAAUCUAGCAGCAUCAUUCACACUUACGUACGGCAACUUUAAUGAACACAAAAUGAAUUAUUAUCACAUACUUCCUGUCGACGAAGUAAAAUCCAUUAUAACAAGAUUAGACCAAAAAUUGACUAAUUUGCUUGUAAAUCAGAUUAAGCACAUUGAACCUUCCGAAUAUAUAGUUUGGGAAAACACCGUAGAUGAUGAAAUCACUAUAAUAUCACUACAACAAGGCAUCGCCAUGGAAUGCCAUUACUUUAUAGAGUUUGUGAAGCAGAAUAAAUUUUUCAUGACAAACGAGAAAUUACUCCUCUAUCUGAAACAACUUGUAGGUUCAAGAAAAUCCGAAGAAUCUGUUUUAACUCUUCAAGAACUCUGUCGUAAAAUCACAGAUGGUAGAUCGCAUGGUAUGAGGGAGUUGAUUAAACGCUAUAAAGAAUGGGAUUUGUCUAUAUUGGAUUUUAUCAACGAAAAGAUAGAAUUGUUGAGAAUUUACGAUGUUUCCGUUAUACUCGAAUAUCUUCAUUAUAUAUUCGCAUAUCUGCAUACUAAUGCAGAAAAGUAUCGGGUGUAUGUGUCAGUAUUAAGAAUAUUGAUUCAGCUAACAGUAAAUGACUUGCAUUAUGUUGUACAAAAUUAUGUGGAGCAGCAUUUUGACGACAAUCCUUUAGAGUAUCUGUACAAUGAAAGAUGCUUCACAGAAUUCAUAGAGAAAUCUUCAUUUAUGGAUCCUUGCGAAAUGACUGAUUUGGUUAGAACCCAAGAAUUGCGUAUCCUCUUAAUCUUUAUUCUGUUAAAUUCCAAGGAAGUUUUAAGUAAAUUUGUGAUGUAUGAAAUAGGCGUUGAAUUCUCCAAUGAUUUUAUGUUCGAAGAAAAUAUGUCUUUAGUGCGAUCGUAUUACACUUUAAACAGCAAUCAAUGCAACAUAUUGAUGUACAUACUGAAGGAUAUAAUUUUCGUACAGCGCAUAAUAUUAUGCUCCCGUUUUAUAGAUUUUAUGGAUAAUGUAUUAAGCCAUCAGGUGAUACAAUGCUAUAAAUGAAAUAAUUAUUAUAAAGCUAAAUUCGAUCUUA